UUAACCGCCCUGAUAGAGUCCCUAAUGUUUUCCCAUCAGCCCACUUGGGAUGACUGUCAACAGCUCUUACAGGCACUCUUCACCACGGAGGAGAGAGAAAGAAUCACACAGGAAGCAAGAAAGAAUAUCCGAGGCACCAACGGGCAGCCGGCAACGAUAGCUGAGGCGGAAGAAGGGUUUCCGCACAACCGACCCAACUGGGACUAUAACACGGCUGAAGCCCGCUUGAAAGCACUCGAGGCCGUCAGGCGCGACAUCUGGAACCAGCUAAAAGAGGCCUACCAGCCUGGUGAUCUGCUCAUCCCGCACCAAUUCCAGGUUGGGGACUCUGUCCUUGUGAGACGACAUCGGACGGGGUCAUUAGAGCCACGUUGGAAGGGGCCCUACGUGGUGCUCCUCACUACGCCCACAGCAGUUAAAGUGGACGUUCUUCCGUGGACAGAUGCACCUUCCUGGAAUCCAGAGGAGUGGCACCUGGUUCUGCGCUACCCUCUACUCUUCCCUGGCCUCUGCAGUUAUCUUAUCUGGUCUCCCCAUCAUCAACCUCUGGGAUCUGCUGCUAAUGUCUGUGGUCCGGUCUCGCUGUCGAUUGAGAAGGCUCCUGCUCUACAAGGUACCCCUGAUCUACCUUGUCCUGAUUUAUUCUCAGUUCGCUUGGUACCAUCACAGGAGUCCAUGGGGAAAUCCUUAGAUGCUUUCCCACAUCUGAAAGGCUGCCCUCAGCCCUGCCGCUCCCACCCAAGCAGUGGCUACUUUGCCCCUCGAGACACUAGGUUUGACAUGGAGCAACUUUAA